GUCCGUCUUGCUGCUGGACGAGAUGCGAGCCCGCAACGCAAUGCCUUCCAUCAUCUCCUACAGCACUGCCGUCGGGUCUUGCUCGCAGUCUGGAUGGUGGCAGGUUGCCUGCAGCUUCCAGGAUCUUGUUGAGGAAUUCUGAAUUCGGUCAUGUUUUAUGGGUUUUUCACUGCUCCCGCGCCUCUUCAGGAGUAAGGAACCUGAUUCGCGUCGCGUUUUUGUGGGGUUUCAUACUGCUCCCGGGUUUCUUAAGGAGUCUAAUUGGGCAGUGUAGAGCUUCCGUGAGAAAUCAGAACUCAGGCUUGCUUGGCGAAGCUCGGGAAGACAACCUGGACAUGAACGUCGUCAUCUACAACUCCGCCAUUAGCGUGUGUGAAAAGGGGGAGGAGUGGCAAAGAGCGCUGAUGUUGCUGGAAGAGGCUUCGUACCUCAAG